CCAGCGUGUGGGCGCCCCUCAUUUUAACGCCCAAGUUGUUGCUAAGGUACACAGGCGGUCUGUUCGUUCAUGUCAUCCCGCCCUUGUCCAAACAACCAAGCAUUUGUUUUGCUGCCUUAUUCCCUGUUUGGGAUAUCUGAGCAUCAAUUCAUAAUCCAUAAAAUUCUCAAUUGAUUAAAUCAAGCAUCAUUUGGAUGAUUCUGCAGAUCUGUCCUGCUUGUUGUGUCUGCAUUUUAACAAUCACAGAAACACCCCACGAAGGCCGAUCCUUGGAUUUUCCCGACUUGAGUGUUUUCGUCAUUUCGCGUUCAGACUUUUUGGUUCGCUGAGCAUCUUUCGACGACAGUGCCUUUUUUUUCACCAACCGACAGCAUAUACUAUUCAGCACAGUGAAAUCUUCGCGUCAGCCUCGCGACCCUUCUCGCCAUGGCGAGCUUCAUUGGCACCCUCUUCCCCACCGGGAAGCAGGAACGCACUGAGCGCCCGGGAACGCCCAAUCGCAACAGCUUCAUCAAUCCAGCCAGCACUCCCCAAGGAAGUCCCAGCAAAAAAACUGUCCCUCCUGGUGCCAAUGAACUACCAAACGCUCUGGAGGGCAUGAAGCUCGUCCCACCAGUCCUCGAUCCCUCCAUCAAGCUCGGUCGGCCACAGAGCGUCGUGACCCCUCUAUCACCCGGCCGAAACAAUGUGCAAGCCACGGACGAGUCCGUCUUCGUCGACGACAGCGUACUGCACAAAUCUACAGCCGCACCGGGAGCGCACAUGAUGAAGCAGGGCCAAGAGAAUACACCUCCACCAUUGAGCUCUGCACGAGCUGGCGGCGGCCUCAAUAUAGCUCAUGCUCACACAGACCAGCAGGCCGCUCCUAGCCACAAUCAUGCUGCAGUAUCCCGUCAUGAGCACUAUCUCAGGGAUAGACCGACGACGCCUGCCACGAGACGAUUUAACACGAACCGUGGGUUGACGCCGGAGGAGCUGGAGAUCUUGAAGAAGCCAAGCAUUAAGAGGCUUGUCAAUGUCACACAGCUUUAUUUCCUGGACUACUAUUUCGAUCUUCUCACCUAUACCGGCGCUCGCCAGAACAGACUGGCCGCUUUCAAAUCGGAGUACCCGCCGCCGCCAGAGACAGAUGAGGAGACAUACGCAGCAAUGUGGCACAAGUAUACGGGUCGUGAGCGCGCAAACUUGCGGAAGAGGCGUGUCAGACUUCGACAGGGUGACUUCCAGAUCCUCACCCAGGUAGGCCAGGGUGGCUACGGCCAAGUAUUCUUGGCACAGAAGAAAGACACGCGUGAGGUUUGCGCACUCAAGGUCAUGAGCAAGAAACUGCUAUUCAAGCUCGACGAGGUUCGCCAUGUCUUGACUGAGCGUGACAUCCUGACUACUGCCAAGAGUGAAUGGCUGGUUAGGCUUCUCUACUCUUUCCAGGACGAUAAGAGUAUCUAUUUGGCGAUGGAAUAUGUGCCCGGUGGAGACUUCCGCACACUCCUUAACAACACGGGCGUUCUCUCAAAUCGGCAUGCUCGCUUCUACAUUGCCGAGAUGUUCUGCUCUGUGGAUGCUCUCCAUCAGCUAGGAUACAUUCAUAGAGAUCUCAAGCCCGAGAACUUCCUCGUUGAUUCGACGGGACACGUCAAACUCACAGAUUUCGGACUGGCUGCUGGAGUCUUGGCGCCUGGAAAGAUCGAGUCGAUGAGGUUACGACUUGAGAAGGCCUCAGAGACCUCUGUUCCAUUUGGAAAGCCGAUGGAUCAGCGUACUAUAGCCGAGCGGCGAGAAGGCUACCGGUCUAUGAGGGAUAAGGACGUCAACUAUGCCAAAUCGAUUGUCGGCUCACCGGACUACAUGGCACCCGAGGUACUACGCGGUGAGGAAUAUGACUUUACAGUGGACUAUUGGAGUUUGGGAUGCAUGCUUUUCGAGGCACUCACCGGCUUCCCACCAUUCGCGGGUGCGACGGCCGAGGAGACUUGGCGCAACCUGAAGCACUGGAAAGAGGUUCUCAAGCGCCCCGUAUGGGAAGACCCCAACUACUUUCUCAGCAACCGGACCUGGGGCUUCAUCACGACGUGUAUCAACUCGCGCUCGAGGCGCUUUGCCAACAUCCGGGACAUUUAUGCCCACCAGUACUUUGCCGAGGUCGACUGGGAAACUCUGCGGGAAACCAAGGCGCCUUUCGUACCGGAGCUCGACUCUGAAACCGAUGCCGGCUACUUUGAUGACUUCAGCAAUGAGGCAGACAUGGCCAAGUAUAAGGAGGUGCACGAGAAGCAGCAGGCACUCGAGACUAUGGCAGAGCGUGACGACGAAAUGGGCAAAUCACUGUUUGUCGGCUUCACAUUCCGCCACCGCAAGCCUCAGGGAGAAGACAGUAGCAGCCCACGAAAGCCUUUGACAGCAGACACUUUCCAGGCAGAGACGUUCGGCACCAUGCUGUAGGGACAGCAAAAGAGCCCAAAAACUAUACAGCAGCACUGGCCAUAUGGCCAGGAUCAAGAUCGACACUCUCAGCCACCACAUUACCAUGGUGACUUAGAUAACAGUCAUUGCAGCGGGUUGGUGGAAGAUUACUACCCCGACCACAUGGAUGUGAGCUAUUAUGGAGACUGCGGCAGUAUCAAUAGCCGAAUGACAGACACGUCCCUCUUUGGACGCGUCUGCGAUAAGGUCACUGAGCGCCGGGCAUAUGGGCACCGCGUAUAUCGUGAUCAGCACAAGGCAGAACAGACGGCUUUCCGUCUGACGAAGCGAUGAGCAUUGAUGAGGACGUCAUCGGGUAUGGAGCGUUCACAGGCGUUACUGGCCUUCCAAGUCAGAAGUGAGUGAGUUUGGCUCGCCUUUUAACUUUUGCAGGAAUUUGGUUGCCCUGCCCACAUGAGCCCUUUAUGAGUCUAGGUUGUUUUCUUUUCUAUACCAAUUAGCCCGCCCAACACAUUGGUUCCUACCCAAUCAUGCAGCUUCUCUCUCUUUUUUUUUGUCUCGAGUUUACCACUACCAACCAUCAAUUGCAUGUUUGGAUUACGGGUUUUUCUUUAAUGUUUUUGUCGGGAUGAGUUUAUGUAAACAUGGCGAAGUGGUCUUCGUCCUUCGGUUGCUUCAAUGGGAUAUGAGGGGCAUAGGGUAAUGCGGCAAUAAUACCGUCUGAAUUGUCUUGUGUAUUGCAAGCCUUGGCUUAUUUCUUUUACUGCGUCGUUUGGCAUUCGGUUGAGUCCCUGGCUUUUUAAUCAGUGAUGGCAGGUGGGAACGCCGGGAGUACACAUCGUGUUAGACCAAGCAAGGGUCAUUUGAUAACAUGCUAUUCGGACUGAAUCCAUCAGACAGAAAGAAGAAGAAGAUACCUCCACGGAAUUUGCAGUCGUCGCAAGCCGGUGCCACUUCAUUGGGGGCGCAGGCCUCAUAAACUUCAACUUUUUGCCACGAAGGGGUUGCCAUUCAUGACGACGACAGGACCAAACCGUAUUGUCUUGAGCAUUGUCGGAGAAUCGGUGUGGGAGCCUCCGAUAGUCCCAUUCAUGUCAUGUUGGUACUGUACGGCCAAAGAGAGAUAUUAAAGUGGCAGAGCUUGGCAACAACAGGUGCACCGCCUCAAUUCCUGAAGUAUGCUAAAUAUAACAAACAGUACGCUUUUCUUAUGAAGGCGGGCCGAACAUGGGCAUCUGGGCAUCAAGGAAUGAAUGAACCUGCUGAACGGCGAAAGCACAGGC